CUUCAGUCGAGGGACCGGAUUAACAAAUCAUGCAACUCGCACAUUUAAAAAUUUUGACAUUGAUGUGUGGAUUUUGUUCCAGACUUCAGACUAUCUCCAAUCUCAAAGUCCAGCGAGGAUCUGAUGUGACUUUGCGAUGUGAUGUUCCUCUCUUUUCUGAGUCUUCAACAUUACUGUGGAUUAAAGACACAGGCCAAACAUCCAACACAACUCUUGUGUACAACAACUCUGCCUACAUCAUCUUACACAAUGUAGAUGAUCACAGUGAAGGAAUAUACUACUGUAAAUGGAUUGAAAAUGGAAGUGUGGACACUGUUAUUAAUCACACACUUAUUGUCACUCCAUAUGCAGAAGGUAAAAAGCAUACCAUCUACAGACAAAGCUCCAGUCACAGUGAUUUAUUACUGAUCUUCAAGUCUAAAAAGAAAUACCAAAGGCUGAUGUGGAUCUGGGAGUCGAAGCGUCAUUCAACAACCGAACUGAUAGCUGUAGAAAAAGGAGGAGAAGUUCAAGUUAAAGGACCAAUUAAACUGGGACAAAAAACUUCUACCACAUACAACGGUCAAUUUUUUAUCCUUCACAUCUCACCUGUAAAGUUCAAUUAUGAUGGGACGUACAGGUGUAUUCCUAAUGAUAAUGAUUCUCCCUACACAACCACAACACUUCACACCAUCAGAGUCUCUGCAGAGCCCUCUGGUGGUGUGUUGAGGAAUCAGUCGGUUGUUCUUACUUGUGAGGUGUCUGAUGUGUCUGAUUCAGUGACAUUGGUCUGGCUCAGGAUGGAGGGGAACGUAAUGGUGCUAGUCAAAGAGCAAAUUCUGAAUGAGACAAACAACAAGAUACUUCUCACUGUAAAUGUGAGCAGCCUUCAGUCAGAUCUGUUGGACUGGCAGUGUGCUGUAUUUACUGAGAACACACUCAGAGCGGUGGCCUCUGUCAGUUCUAGCUCAUCAACUACAGAUGCUGCAGUUUUCAGCAUAGCUGGAAAGAUUACAGUGGUCAUUGUUGUGACUCUGUUUGCUGGAGUGCUGCUGGGAGUUCUUGUGUAUUAUUGGUACAGGAAACAAAUGCCAGGUACAAAAAUAGUGUUACUCAUUCAUCACUUGCACAUUGUCCCAACAUCUUUUGAACACAAGCAUAAUUUGUUUCUUUGUUUCUUUCUUUCUUUCUUUCGCUCAGCGUCUGAGGAGUCUGAACCAGUGUAUAUGAAUAUUAGUAAAACCAUGAAUGACAGAGCACAGAGCUACAAUACAGUGGGAAACAGAAAUCCGAGACCAGAAGUUCAUCGUCAGUUAACAGGACAAAUGAACAUAGUUAGAAGAGAUGAAACACCGGUUACAUCAGAGAGCGUGACCUACGCAAGCAUUUAUUUUAACAGCUCCAGGUUAAAGACUUCUCCUCACUUAAAUAAACGUACAGGCUAACUUCCCUGAAUUAUAAUGAAAACCAUUACAAUGUUUUGUUUUCAAAAAGAGGGUGAUUUCUUUUCUUUGGACAGCAGAUGGCAAUGUCUGAUCACAGAAGCAAUCCAUUCAGACUACUUUAAGGUGUUAUGUUGUGUGGGAAAUGUUCAUAACUGCUUUUCUGUAAACUAUUAAAUAACCUGGCUGUCUAGAAGGAUACUUGCUAUCAGAUAAAUUGAAAAUUGUUCUUAGAAUUUUGCAGUUCUUUAAUUUUUUUAGCUGACUUUAUGCAUGCUGGUGAUAUGACCAUUUGAUGGCACUGUUUGAAAACAUACUUCAAAUGUAAUUUAAAAAAUGUAAAUAAUAAAGGUUAAUGCAGUUAC